UCACGCUCCACGAUCGUGAAUGCGCCCAGUCAACCCUCAAUCUCCAAUAUGAACAAUAUACGGGCAAUCCAAAAGCUCAAUCAGCGCGAGCUUGAAGAGGGUAUCACUCCUGAAGGCUCGUGGCAUACCGACUAUCGCGACACGGCCUUCAUCAACAUUGGUGGCCUGCCGUUUGAGCUCUCCGAGGGCGACAUCAUUACACUCUUCUCACAAUUUGGCGAGCCGGUUUGGAUCAAACUGGCGCGUGACAAGGAAACCGGAAAGUCUCGCGGCUUCUGCUGGCUCAAAUAUGAGGAUCAACGAAGUACAGACCUAGCUGUGGACAACUUAGGCGGAGCUACGAUAAUGGGGCGGGUGCUGCGAGUCGACCAUACACGUUAUAAACCAAGGGACGAUGAGGAUAUGAGAGACAACACAAUGGGAGAGCCACCUAUCGAAGAAGAUGAUAAGGUCCGGACUAGACGGCGAGCUCGUAGCGAAAGCGAAAGCGAGAGUGAAAGCGAGGACGAGCGUCCCCUCCUUCCGGAAGAGAUCGCGCUGGCAAAACUCAUAAAAGACUUGGAUGAUGACGAUCCUAUGAAGGCUUCCAUGGUCAAGAAAAAACAGGAAGAUGUGGAUGUCGCUGUAAGAAAGUAUGAGAAAGCAAGGAGGAAGGAGAAGAAGGAGAAGCAUCGAUCUCGACGGGAUCGAAGGGACGAUUCAAGAGACAGAGACAGGGAUAGAGAACGGAGAAAGCUCAAAGAUCGCAAUGAUCAUGCUGAGGAUCGCGAUCGUGAACGUAGACACCACCAUCGAUCAGAGGGACGGAGAACACCAGAAGACAAAGAGCGCCGACGAAAUCGAGAUUCUGAUGGCGAGGAUGGGGACAGGAGGCAUACGGCCAGAUAUCGAGGUUCUUCGAAAGACCGUCACAAUGGAAAAGAACGCGAUUCUCCUGAUAGACGUCGCCGGCGGCAUAGUUCAACAGAGGACGAACAUAGGCGCUCACGGCAGCGCAAUCAUUCUCCCAAGAAAGACGACAAACACCACUAGUCACGGCAUGAAAUGCUAGAAAAAUUUAGGCACAGCAAUAACCAGAUACCCUUUUCAACAUGUAUGCUAUCCUGUUUAAAUUAAGUCGUGUGACAUAAGCUCUUUAAUUUUCCAGACCAGUUGAGUCCAAUUAAG